AUGGAGAGCUCCUCGACUCCUCUCGCCGACUAUUUUUGGAUCGCCGGUGUAGAGGCCAUUUCGUACAAUGAUGCCCCGCAGCCCUCCCCUCAGCUCGACGAAACCAUCAACGAAGACGGCGAGCCAGACACUGCCGAGAACAAUGCCCCCUCGGCCACCAGGGCCACCGCCCGUCAUUCCCGCCAGAGCUCUCUCAACCGGCUGUCCAAAAUCUCCAGCGAGGCCCGCAAUUCCGUGCACACCCUCGACGAGCUCGACGGGAACACCAGGAGCAAUCGAAGCAGCGCCACCAUACGACCUACCGCUCCACAAGCCGGUCACAUCUUCAAUGGCAUCCCCCACGACCCCUCCAUGGGCGACUUCGAUUUCGACAAGGCCCUGCUGAAGUUUGCCGUCGAGCGGGAGAACUUCCUCGACGAUCUUAGCUUCAGUGCCGGAGCCAAACUGCAAGCUCGACCCCCAAUGGUCAACCCCCGAGCCGAGAGGAUCAAGGCCGAAGAUGGUGACCUCAGCGGCCGUAAGAGCCCCCUGCGGAGCAUCAGAGGCAGUAUCCGUCGCAAGAUGAGCUUCAGGGACAUGAACAGCAUGCGGAAGCAGCCUACUGCUCCCAAGGCAGCUUCUAUUCGGACUGCAAAACGUCUGAGCAACUACAACUCUGUGAUUCCUCCCCCCGAGCCGCUCAAUGCCGACCCGAACAUGCACCCCCUCAAGAGGCGCUUCGAGCCCGUCCUCCUGGACAGAUACCCGUCGAGGGAUGCUACAGAUGAGAUCCCGCGGAGGGGUAAAUUCCCUGACUAUGUGCCAAUGUUCGCCUUCCCCAAUGACAUCCAGAUCGUCUCAUCGGACGAUCGUCCGCGGUCGACCUGGCACGGCUUCACCAUGACCUCCGAUGACAACUCCAAGAUAUAUGGUAUUACUGUUAUCGUGUGGACUGCCCUGAGUGCAGAUGUUGCCGAGGACGUUGAGAAGAGAUGUGAGCAGUGGCGGCAGAGGCACAUGUCGAAUGAAGAGAGGGAGCUGGCCGCCAGCCUUGGCGGCAGGCUCGCUAAUGAACGAGCCCACCUCUCCCAGCUAUUGGCAAAACUCCCUACAGUGCCGUCCGGUUCUCCAGCUCGAGAGACGCUGGACGAUCAGAUCAGCUCGGUGGAGGAGAAGAUCACCCUGAUGACUGAAAUGCUGCGACCCCUGAGACACGGAGCAGCCUCCAAGAUCGAUGGGCUCACAGCCGGUGAAACGGGCUUGUGGGUACCGAGAGCCUACGGUGUGCUCGGAAGAGACGCCACCAAGAUGGCCUUUUGGAAAGAAUGGCUUCGGGCAGUGACGGUCCCCAUGACUGAUGGUGCUAUUCUGAGAGUGCCCCCCAGUUCCCCUAAGGUGGGACGGUGGCAGCCCCUGGAGCGCUACAUUGUCAACUUGUGCACGGAGGCAUUCAGUCCCCUCAGUUCCAAAACACAAGUUGAGCUGGGAGUCCGAGAACUCCGUCUUUACGCUCGAAAGGAAGCGCUCAACGAAAUCCCAGGCUCUCGGAAUAUCGAUCUGUACGCUUUGUUUCGGUGCCUCUCCCUUGAUAACAUCAUGGCUCUGUUUGAUGGACCACACGAAGUCGGAACGGCCGCCCACGGGCAAAUCAGCCAGUCCUCCUUCAUCUGUGUCCCCCAUUUCGACCUCAUUCCCUCCUAUGCCGACAACUCCAGUGUCACGUAG